AAGAGUUGGGGUUUUCAGACAUUUCCCAUUCUCCCUUCUUGUGCAAGGGUACUCUUUGGAAGUUACCACAAUAUGCCACUUAGCCAUUACAAUUUACAAUCACAAACAAUCAUUUCUCAAAAGAAAAAAAACUGCGCAUUCUUGUGAGUUUAGUUAACCUCAUCACAAUUUUUCAUCAAAGAUUUGAGCUUUUUGAAAAUUAUUGCCAUAUCUAUCAUGUAUGAAGGUAUUAUCAUGGAGGUGAGGGAAGAUUGCAUGGUUUCACCAGCUGGUGACAGUGAACCAACUUUCAGAACAGCCCAUUUUCUAAAACCAAUUUCAAACUCCAUUGAUGAGCCACCUUUUGAUUUUAACCCAUCAUCAUCUUGUUCUGUGUUUGAUCCAAAGGAAUGGCCUUUGAAAUUCCAUUUCAGUGGGUGGCGCCAACCACCAGAUAAAUGGUGUUACUGGGUUGAUGAGCUUAAACCAUUGUAUGAAUCAGUAUGGAAGAAAGCUGGAAUCUUUGAAGCUAUAAUGAGCUCUAAGUGCUGCAUGCAUAAAAAUCAAAACUUGCUGCAUGGGGUUGUGGAGAAAUGGUGUUGUGAGACAAAUACAUUUGUGUUUUCAUUUGGGGAGGCAACAAUCACUUUGGAGGAUGUCAUGGUUUUGGGGGGUUACCCUAUCAUCGGUCUUCCGGUUUUUGCCAAAGUUGAAGACCAAGAAAUGAGAGAGGUGGAAAAGAGACUGAUACGUGCAAGGCAGAAACCUUGGCAGACUAGAAAAUCUAAGGCUACCACAAGAACAUGGAUGGAUAUAUUCCUUGAUGCAGGUAGUGAAAUUGAACACGAAGCGUUUCUUGUUACUUGGUUGUCGAUUUUUGUUUUACCUCACAAUAAUUUAGUGAAUCAAUCUUUGUUUCCUGUUGCUAUUCAUCUUGCUAGAGGGAAUCCGAUUGCGUUGGCACCGGCGGUUUUAGCUGGCAUAUAUAAGGAUUUAACUUUGUUUAAGAAAACAAUAGUUAAUUUGUCGAAACAUGUUGCCGGAGGUGAUAGAUUUCCUUUAGAAGUUACUUUUUACUCACCUUUUUACUUGGUUCAAAUUUGGGUGUGGGAGAGGUUCAAAAAUUUACAACCGCAACCUGGGUUAAUCAACCAUGAAGACCCUUUAUUGUUUAGGUGGAAUAAGGUUCAGGCCUUGAAAAUUGACGAUGUUAAGUUGGCAUUGGACUCUGCUGUCGAUGAUUUUCUUUGGCGUCCAUAUGGUAAAUAUGCUGAUAAGUGUGGAAUGUUUUAUCCUAAGGAUGAAAUUUGGGUUCCGUUUUCAAAAGAGUUGGACAAAGCAAUGCUCUCAUUUGCUAUAUGCAUGAGAGUUUCGGAGCUUGUUGGAUUUGACUCUAUAGAGCAGUAUCUGCCACAUAGAGUUGCUAUGCAAUUUGGAGUAGAUCAAGAUAUUCCAAGUUAUGUGCCUAGAUUGAAUGAGACUAAAGAGGUUUCUUGGAAAAACUACCGCAGGCUCAUAACUGAUAAAAGUUUGUAUUUUCCACCAAGGUUUUUUGAGGCAGAUGUUACCAUGCGUUAUGCAAGGUGGUGGAAGGAAUCGGUAUUGAGUCACGGCGAUUUUGUUAAAAAAAUUGUGCAGAAGAAGAGAAGUUUAAGUUCAAGAAAACAUAGACCUUAUGUCGGGAAACUUAACAGAAGUUCUAAUGAAGUUGGUGUUCCGCCUGGAUUUCCACCAAAACUUGUGGACUGUCUUGGUUUUGGAAAUUUUUGUUAUGAUCCCGCUUCUGAUAAUUCUACCCGUAAUUGUGUGGAAUCUGAUGAAAAUAUUAAUGAUCCUUCCAUAUCUGAUGAGGGUUGUAAGCCUGUUUUGAAAGAGUACAAGCGUGGUGGCAUAAUCCAUGAGUCUGACCAUUUAAUCAGCCAAUGUUCUUCAGCCUCUUUGGGAGAUUCUGAACAGAUAUUGCCACUGAAAAGGACAAUUUCAAAUGAUAACAUUGAACUUUCAAUAGAUGAUUUAGAGGAAGAUUUUGAAGAUGAAAAUGGGAGCAAAAGAUUUUUUAUCAGAAAAAAAGUUCCUUCGUACAACGACGAAACAGUUGCGAAACAAGAUCUUUGGUUUCACUCUGAUAUGCCUGCUCAAGCAGAAGCUAAUGAAGCGGUUGAAGAAAAAGACAAUGAAGUUAUUGUUUAUUUAAAAGCACAAAACUUGAAGAAUCAAGAGGAACUCGCCCGUAUUGCAAGACAACAAGAAGAGAUAUUACGGUUAAUGGCUUUGAGAGAGAAGAGAGAUGAAGAGUUGAGACAACUACUCAUUAGUGUUUUAAGGAAUCAACAACCACCACCAUCAUCAUCUUAAAACGGUUCUUUAUUUUCUUCAUAACACAUGCCCUAGCGAACCAGACGACAACGAUAAAGAAAUUUUCAUCUUCAUCAUCUUCAUUCAUUUCUUGGAACGUCCAAUGUUUACCAUCUUCAUUUAUUUCUUGGUCUCUUCCUCCUCUUCGAAGUACGGUACGUUACUUUUCUAUGUUCAUUGUUCAUUUAUCGAUCUCUCUCGCGCACUGUGGUGAGCUUUUCCUUUAUGCGAUGUGGAUUUUCAUUUUGUUGCAAUUGGAUUACUAUGUGUUUUAGUUUUAUUUAGAUUUUGUAAUAUUUUUGUUGUUAUGAUGUUAUGUGAUGUGCGUUGUUCAUGUUCCCCAGUCUCCGAGUAAAGUAAAUUUUAGAUGCUCACAUUGUAUAAAAAUAAACUCUAUUGUAAAUAAAAAAAAAAUGUGAUUAUGAAUAUGCUUUAGGUUUUGGUGUUCCAAAUGAAAUUAUUAGGUUAUUGAUUGAUGUCAUGAAUCGUAUUUGCGGUUAUGGGUUAUGAAUAUGCUUUAGGUUUUGGUGUUGUGAAAUGUUAUAUUGUUCUGAUUGAUAUAUUAUUAUACAUAUAACCAUAUUAGUAUGUUGUGUGUGUAUCAUUAGUGUGUCAUUCACAAUAGUCUUUUGAUAUAAAUUUCAGAAUUUGUUAUGGAUCAUAGUUGGAUGAAAUCUGAUAUAUUAGGUCCCAUGUAUGAGAAAGGAGUUCUUGAAUUCCUUGACUUCGCGGAAUAAAAUCUUUCCAACAAUAAUGGUCUCUUUUAUUAUCCUUGUGUUAAUUGCGGGAAUAUUAAAAAAACGUUCGAAGGAAGAAAUAUUACAUCACCUAUGUUGUGAUGAAAUAUGUUAAAAUUAUACAACAUAGAUGUGGAUGGAGAAGUGGAUAAAAAAUGAAAUGUGACGUCACAAAUGCAUGAAGUUGAUGAAGAUAUGGAUGAUCGAUUAAAAGACAUGAUCUGUGAUAUUGGAGAAUCGUCUUUCAUGAAAGUCCAUAUUUAUGAUACUUUAUGUAGUGAUAAAGAUGCCCUUUUAUAUAAGGCGUGCACAAGUUUUACACAAUUGUUGCGUUGUUAAAAUUGUUUAAUCUCAAGAAAAAAGUGGGUGGUCGGAUAAAGUUUCACGAAAUUGUUUGAUCUAUUGAAACAAAUGCUACUAGAAGAUAACAGUUUGUCGGGUCGUUGUUAUGAGGUCAAGAAGAUAUUGUGUCAAAUGAGUUUGGAGUAUAUCAAAAUACAUGCAUGCUCUAAUGAUUGGAUAUUAUACAUAAAAUAGUAUGAAAUUUUGGAUCAAUGUUCGGAAUAGGGUGAGUCGCGCUAUAAGGUGAAAGACAACAAUGGUGAUGACAAUGACAAUGUUAGCAAGAAGCGUCCUCCUGUUAAAGUUUUACACUUAAAAACUUCAUUCUUGUAUUUCACCACAUCAAAAGGAGCAAAAUAAUCUAGAAUUUAAGAUAUGGUGCACCUUGAUGUUAUCCCUAAACUUAUUGUGUCUACGGAUGUCAAACAUGUUAAUGUCAAGGAGGUAGAUAUUGACAACCAAUUUACAAAUGGACGAGACUUUGAUGUUUGUGAUCAUAUGCUCUAAUGGAUCCGCACGGAGGAAUCCAAAAUGGGGGUUUGUAAUCGGAAGGUCCGAUAAUGGUUCAGCUAGAAUAAUUGCAUUUGUGAAACUAAUAUGCGAAAGAAGUGGCAAGUAUGCAACUCAUCUCCGAAAGUUGAAACAGGAUGACACUGGUUCUAGGAAAUGUGAGUGUUCUUUUAAGUUAUGUGAUUAUCUUUUGGCAAAUAAUAAAUGGAGAUUUAAUGUGAUUUUUGCUUUACAUAACCAUGACAAGUGUGACAAAUUAGUCGAUCAUCCCAUUGUAUGUCACCUUAUGCCUGAGUUGAAAAUAAUUGUUUUUUACAUGACGUUGAACAUGGUGCAGCCCAAAAAUUUACUUGCAACUUUAAAACACAAAAGACCGAAAGAUAUGUCAAAUAUCAAACAAGUAUAAAAUAUUUGUGUCCAUAACAACAAGGCGAUAAUAUUGGAUAGAAUUGAAAUGCAAUAACUGUUGAAACUUCUGGAUGAUAACAAUUAUGUAUCCCGAUAUCAAACGUGCAAGGAUGGAGAAACCAUUCGAGAUAUACUUUAGACUCAUCCUAAUUCCAUAAAGUUGUCCAACACGUUUUCCACUAUACUCGUCAUUGAUUCAAUGUAUAAGAUCAACAAGUACAAACAUCCAUUAUUGGAAAUUAUUGGUGUUACCUCUACCGAGAAAACUUAUUUUGUUGGGUUUGUAUUUUUGGAAUGUGAAAAGGAGGACAAUAUAACUUGGCUUUAAAAGUGUGUCGGACAAUGUUGAAGGACAAAGAAAACAUGUUGAAAGUCAUUGUCAUCGAUCACGAUACUGCAUUAAUGAAUUCAGUUGCUAAGAUGUUUCCUACUUCAUACAUAUUACUUUAUAGGUAUCAUAUCACAAAGAAUGUGAAAAGUCGAGUUAAACCCGCAAUAAAUACCAAACAAAUAAAAUGUGAAGACGAAAAAAUGGUCAAAGUUAGUGUGAUAGUGGAAAGAAUAAUAAAUGCAUGAAAUGUUAUAAUAAACUCUACUACGGAUAAUUAUAGGUCAAUGUCGUUAUACUUUUAGGAAGGUGUCUGAGAAAUAUCCAGAUUUCUUAAAAUAUGUUGAAAGUACAAUUUUGGAUCAGGUGAAGGAGAAAAUUAUUUGUCUUUGACUGGAUAAGGUUAGACACCUUGGAAAUACAACAACUAACCUAGUUGAGUUUGCCCAUGCUACACUAAAGAAUUGGCUGGGAAAUAAUAAAGGUGAUUUGUGUAAAGAUUGAGACUCUAUGAAUCAAAUGAUCCAAAAUCAGCAUAGUGAGUGAUAGGUAAAUUAACAAGUGUACUAAUCUUCCAAUAUAGUAAUAAGAGAAAAUCCUAAAUAUCGAUCUCAAGGAUUGCUUGACGAUACAUAGUUCGUGUUUUAAUUCAGUUAAACAAAAGAGUUGAGGUUUUGAAUUUUUUUUUAAAUAGAAAAUAAAAUAGCAGUUAAAAAGUAAACUGAGCAGUUGAACAGUUUAAAAUAAUAUAAGUGAACAUGCUGAAAAAUAGACUUUGUGAAUUCUUUUGAAAAUUCGUUGUGUUCCUUUUUCGACCAUUUCUUUGACUUCCUUCAACCUACAAAGCACGUCAACCUUCCCAAAAGGAUCAAAAAAAGUAUCAGGACUAAUUAAAACAUUGACAAAUACGAAAUUAAAGAAAUUGACAUAUAAACCACUAAAACUAUACGAAAAAUACAAAUAACCUGCAUACUUUCCCCUGUUAAAAUGAUAUUAACUAUAGCAGAAAUGGUGAUUGAUCAUAAUCUCAAACUUAGCUUGUUGCUUGUCCUCAAGCAGAUUUAAGACUAUCUACUCAUGCCAACUCAGAUAAAGUUACAAUUUUUUGAAAAUACCAUACCUCUAGGAUCUUAUGUGGUUCUCUUUUAUCAUGACCUUAAGCCUUGCAUAUUUACAGUCGAUUGAUCUUCCAUAUUUUCACUUAAUGAUAUUGCUUCAUUUGUCACCUCCUUGCACACUCUCCCUAAAUCUCUCAGGUGCUUAUGUGUUUUCACUCAAAAUUCACAGUACACAAUAUCAUAACAUAGGCUUGAAUAAACUCUCUUUCGAUUAUCAGAUGCACAAUACACAUACUUUUUGAGGUCUUUCAUGAUUGUAACAGAGUUAGGGUUAAGGUGGGAUAAGUAUAUGGAUAAGUAGGUUGAUGGUUCAUAGUCAUUUCACUCAUUCUCUUUACAAUGUUCUUUCUAAUGUAUCAUUGCUGGAACUUUUCUAGUACUUGCGUGUUAGGGUUAGCUAUCAUGGACUACUCAACUUUUGAAUUUUUCUUUGAUUCUUGGUAUCCACUGAGUUCUCCUUCUGGUGCACUCACAUUUAUCAAUUUUGCAUAGUUCUCCCAAACUUAAAGGAUACAGGCUCAAAAGGAGGCAAACAAAGGAUAAAUACAAUACAUGGGAUGACUAGAAAGUCUUAGGGCUAAAACAAACAACGUGUCUCAGUGUGUGUAAUCAUGCAACAAAUAUCAGAAAAGGAAGUACACAAGUUAUAAAUGAUAAAGACAUA